AUGGAGGUGGAGACCACUAGGCCGUUGCUACCGGCUUCCGCGCCGUUCAUGCCGGAGUUUGCGGCGGACAACCUCACGGUGGCGGACCAGCUGGUGCAGCUCAGCCUCAGCAGAGGCGACGGUGGGGACGAGGAGGACCAGUGCUGCUCAUCGUUGGCCCGCUCGGUGAACAACGCCGAGGACGAGGAUGAUGAGGACGCCACGGGCCGGGGGCUCCUGGACCGGAGGGCCAGGAAGCGCUACCAGCUGGUGUCGGAGCUGUACGCCGCCACCAGGCAGGUGAAGGCGGCCGGCGCCGGUGGUGGUGGUGGCAGGAGAUGGAAGGGCAGGGACGGGACGGAGAAUUGA